CGGUUCGGCUAACUUCGGUUUGUGAUGUGUAUGUUUCGCGCAAGAUCGUUGGGUGUACCUUUUCUGCACAGGAACAGCUGUUUUUCGGUGUAAAAAUUCACCUGAUUUUAGCCCUGCAAAAUGUCGUCACCGCCGCCUAAUAAACGACGGAUGGACACGGACGUAGUGAAGCUAAUUGAAAGCAAACACGAAGUUACGGUAUUGAAGGGGAUCAACGAGUUGAUGGUGAAAUUCUACGGUCCAAAAGGAACUCCCUACGAUGGUGGUGUGUGGAAAGUACGAGUUGAUGUACCUGACAAAUAUCCAUAUAAAUCUCCUUCAAUUGGUUUUCUGAACAAAAUCUACCAUCCAAACAUAGAUGAAGCCUCAGGAACAGUUUGUCUAGAUGUCAUCAAUCAAACAUGGACACCGUUAUUUGAUUUAUCCAACAUUUUUGAGUCAUUCCUUCCCCAAUUAUUGGCGUAUCCUAACCCCAAUGAUCCGCUAAAUGGUGAUGCUGCUGCCAUGUAUUUGCACAAACCGGAGGAGUACAAGAAAAAAAUCAGGGAAUUUGUUCAGAAAUACGCAACGGAGGAAGCUUUACGGGAACAAGAUGCUCAGUCGUCAUCCAGUGAAAGCUCCAUGAGCGAUUUUUCUGAGGAUGAAACGCAAGACAUGGAGCUAUAGCAUGCACUCUGCAUCUGGUAGUUUUUUAUGUUUUUAAACAUAGUGUAUUUAUGUGGGAGCAUUUUUUAUACUGUAUGGAGGAAGGGUAUGCUCCUUUCAGUGUUUCAAAUGGGCCUUUUGAAUCAUCCCGAUUGCCCUAGCUACCCUUAAUUUGAGUAACUUAUUUAUUAGGUGUUAUAAGUUUGCCUCCACUUCUAAAAUCUGGAAAUUAGUUUUGCAACUGGAGAACUAACCAAGAACUAACCUAUGCAUUGUAUAGACAAAGGGCCCUCUCUGGCAAAAGAGACAAUUCAUUGAGUGGGUCAUUUUACAUCAGGACACCGCUAAGCAGAAUAAUACUGUUUAGCUGAAGUAAGUUCACUUGCUAAAUACAUGUAAAUUGUUAGCAGGCAACCAGUAUCAAGUGACAUAAUCCUGAUAGGAUUUGGCUGGUAAUCCUAUUUUUCCCACUGAUAUCUUCCCUGCUCUGGUGUGUAUAUUUAUCUGCUCCAUGAAAUUUGUAUGCACAUUUACUUUUUCUGAAUAGAGUGUUUGAUGUGUUUCUCAACCCAAACUUGCUGAGCAGUCUGCUCGAAAUUGCUAAGCAAUUUGCUUAUAGUUAUUCACUUGUUGGCCCCUUUGUCUGUGUAUAUUAUAAUUUUGGUUACUCUGCAGAGGGUCAGAUUCACUCUUGAUAUUCCAGAGGGGUUUUAAGUGUGUCAUUAGAUUUCCAGACGGAGAAAGUGACUGUGCAAGUUGUUGGUUGUAUGUAUGGAAAGAAUGUUUUAUGAAACCCUACCCCCCCCAGGGUUUAUGUAAAAUCAUAUUGAAAUUAGAGGAUUUGGGACUGUUACGGUUAAGGAAAUGUCACAGUCUGACUUUGAAGGUACUGCUAAAAUAUUGGCUUUUUUAUUUUUUUCUUAGACUGAUUGAGUCAAAACCAAAACAAAUUUAUCCAAAUUUGUUGAAGGGUAAGAAUUGUGCUGUAAGGAGUAAUGGAUGUGUUACACAACAUAGCUCUUCCUGGUUCCACUUUUCCUUUGGAAAUUCUGAAACAACCUUUUUGAAAACAAAGUGCAUAUUUUUGCCAGUACAAAAGAAAUAUUAACUUUUCUUGCCUUCAAGAAAGCUGCCAAAAUAACUUUUUAUACGCAUGGCAUGGAAGGGUGGGGCACUUGACAGGAAAUCUCACUGUGGCAAAAUGCUGUACAUAUCCAGCUUAAGGUUUGUUAUAGCAGUCACAGUUUGUGCAAGUCCCACCUCUCAGGGAAAUGGAUAACUGUAACUUCCAGCCAUAUUCAUUGAAGCACACUCCAUAAAUCAGCAUUUCUAGGUACCAGACCCUUUCAGAUGGCUGCCAUGCAUACACUUGUCACAAAAUAAAAUUACCAGCAACAUUCAUUAUUGGAUGAGUCCAGGCAAGCCUCAGAGAGCAGAAUACCCCCGUCAAUUUUUGGAAUAUCUUUUUGUGGAUUUACAUGCGUUUAUAUUAUAUUCUAAUCAUGAAGCCAGUUUUCUUUACAGGUCCGAGUAAGGGCAAGCCUUGGGUUUUCUUUUGGACUUAAAUUCGAGGGUUUCUUUGUUAUGUCAAAUUUGCCUAGUUACUCAUAACAGGUGAUUCAAGAGCAUUUGCAAUGACAAGAAAGGUUUUAACAAGUAAACGAAGAGGCAGAUGUAAUAGUGAGGAAAUGUUACUGCAUAUUUGAUUGUUCUGUGGACAUGGAUGCCGUGUUCAAGCGUUAACAGUCUCAAUCCUACAAUGGGUGGAGGAUUGAGGACAGUUAGAGCUAGGCAUAUGAAUCUCUAUGCCCAACUUGAACCAGAAUGCUUCUUUUGACGUUUUGCUCUCAUUUGUUUUACUAGUUUUAUUGUCUAUCAAAGAAACUAACCAAACAUAGUUAAAUAAUUGUAUUUCUGUCUGUCCCAGGUUUUUUCAUUAAUUUAUUGUCAAGAAUGAUCAGGAAUAUUGCUUUUAGAAUUUAUUUUCCACAGAUCUCCAUGCACAGUUGAAUUUGCUCCCUGCCCAUAGAAGUAAUAUAGCUGUAUACAAACAGUAUUUAUCAUUGAAUGGGAUCCCUUCCUUCCAAGAUUUACUAUUGUUGAUAUUUUUCGUGUAUAUUGUUAUUAAUCCAGUUUAAACUAUUGUAAAAAAAUAUAUAUAUACACAUAUACUUAUAUCAAAUUAAUCAAAACAAAAAGAAAAAAAGAAAAAAAAAUUAGGAAGUAGAGUGUAGAAUUCAUAGUAGACACUGGCUUGGUUUGCUUGAAAUUCAUGAAAUGUUUCCAGGAAUUGUGGGUGAAAAUGCAUCAGUAAAAAGGCAGAAAUAAUUCAAUGCAGAAAACUACGAAAGUCAGAUUUUUUGGAAGCAUUGAAUUUCCUGUUGAUGUGUGGAAACAUGGGAAAUUCCAGUGGCAUUUGUUGUAGAUAUGGAAGUCACCAUGGAAUAUUCACAACACAUCAAGGAAAAGUCAUUAGAAACUACUGUGUUUUGUCCUGGAAAAGCCAUCCAGCUUCCAUGAUAGAACAACCUGAAGGGUUGCAUUUUAAUGACUGGUUAAGGCAAGAAAUCCCAAAAUAUCCCACAUCGAUAACUGGCAAAUGAGGAAUUUUGAAAUUCUUAUGGUAAUGAUAAUCUUUGUGUUGAUUGAGAAAAUCCACAAGAUUUCCAUCACUGUUCAGUGCAGAGGAUGCUGACAUGUUCUUGACUGAUCAUAGGAGAAGCCAUGGAAUGUCUGUAGAUAGUUCAGGAAAGAUAAAAAAUUCAUGGUUGAUGAUUAAAGGUGAUGAACGUUGGUUCUUAUAUGUGGGGACAGCCAAAUGCCAAAUAAAGCAAAGUGAUCUUUGAGACACCGGGUCAUCUUGGCUCACACAGCAAGUAAGUAAUGCUAAUGUUAUAUAUUUCGGUGCAAAUCUGGGAAGUCAUGUCUCUGGAGAGAAAAAUUUCUUUUUAAUUUCAAAAUUUUGUGUAAAUGAUUUGCUUUUUAUUUAUUGUUGUUCUGCGUAUAGAGGAUGUGUAGAUAAGGCAUGCAGAAACUAGAGGCAUUCUUUUUUAUGGAAGUGUGUUGUGGAUUUGAUUUUGAGGAAGGAAAUCUGAAGAAAUCUGAGAUAAAAAUCUCUGGAACUGGGUUACAAGGCUCAGCUAAAUUCAUCAUGUUCAUGGAUAAGUUGAAGUGAUAACUGGUACAGAAAAAUCCAUUGUUUUAUGGGUGUGUUAAAGCCAAAGGGAGAAUUAACGAUGAGACUGGUGCCCAACAAAAGUGUUUACCUUUCCUUUGUUUUGUAUGAAGUUGGUUAGGUUGCCAUACCUGUUUUCCCAUUUGUGUGGCUUGGGGGCCGUUUGUGUCACACGGAUGUGGAUUCGAAUCAGUGAUCCUUACACUGGUUCGCACCAUCCAUAAGGCGAGUUUUGGUGUCCAUAAACCAAUGACGGAUCACUAAUCGUUAUAAAACCGUGUGUGACCCAAAUACGGUCUAUAUAAUACAUCCAUUCUGGCAAAAGUCGGCUAACAAUUUAGCUCAUGUGUUGCCAUGACUUGGUUUGUUUGUAGGUGGCUUUGAAACAGAGUGGUUAAAACAGAGCCUGAAGGGUCAAAUGUACCUAGCCUUGAGAUCAAGUCCAAGCAGUGCGUGUCAAGAACAGCUGAGUAAUUCAUUGGUCUAGCAUAAACUAAAAGGCUUGGAGUUGACACUUGUUGUGGAGCUGGGUUAGGCAGACAUGUUUCCUUUGCUAAACUAUUGUCCUUGGCAAAUCAGGGUACCAGCCAAAUGCCACACAAGUGCACUUUGCUCAUAACCCAUUCUCAACAUGGUUUUCCACAUAAUUUGGCAAGCAGUAUCAUUGUUUGAAUAUCACUUGAAAGUAAUAGGGCCCAGUAUGUUGCUGUGGAAGUGCUAUGUUGCUGCUGUGUGGUAUAAACCAGUGGAGACAACCCGAACCAUUCUGAACCCAAGAAGUUAUAGCCGGUAUGGACUUGAUCUGAGAAUACAUCAGACUGCUUAGAGAUACUGAGCUGUUUGUGGGUCUUACCAAAGUUGGGUCUUUUUGGAAUGGUUGGAAGGGUAUGAUUAGCAGUGUCGUUUGAUGCUUUGUCUGUUCCGCCCAUGGGCUGCUUUGAUUGUGAUAUGCAUAUGUGUUAAGUUAACUGCUGGGCUUGUCCAAAUGUAGUUAUUUAAGUCACGUGUUUAUUUCCAGUGUUUCGAAAUUUGAGGAUAUUCCUGAAAUUUUUGUUUUUCUUUUUGUCAAAUAGAUUGUCAGAUUUUCAAAAAAAUUAUGGAAGGAGGAUUUUGUGAUUUGAAAAACUUUUUUACUGCAAGUACACAUGUAGAAUUGUUCAAAUUUACUGAAUAUGAAGGGAUUAGGUUUUUGAAAGAGUAACUUCACUUCCCCCUCCACAUAACUGUGUGAGGUGGAUAGAGGGAGCUAUUUCUUUUUUGUUCUGCGUUAUAUAUCCCACAAAUUUACUGUUUGAAUGGAAAUAAUGGUAAACUUGGACAAGCCUUCAGUAAUAUGAUAUCCUUUUUUGUAGAAAUUUGUGUUCAAAAUAAACAGAUCAAAAGAUUUGAGCAAUUAUUCAGAGUUUGGUGAGUGAAAGAGAAAGAUGUUGAUACUGUAGAUAGAUUAACAAUGAGAAAUGAAUAUGCUUUGUAUUGAAACAAUUUGAAGACGGAUUGAUUUUGAUGGGAACAUGUUGCAGUGGUUUAAUGGAGUUCUUACUGUCAUGAACAUGUAAGUUUUCAUUUCAUGAUCUGUGAAGAUAGCGUUUGAUGUUACAUUUCAAGCCAUCUGUUCUUUUAAAAAUACACAAGAAAGCCGUUGAGGAAAGGUCAAUACUUCUUUCAAUAGGUCAAGAUUUUAAUCAAGGGCAUUUCUAAAUACUUUCAACCCUGACGCUGCUCAUCUCUGAAAAGAAGUUUUUGGAAUUCAGUGAAACCAUAACUUUUAAACAUGGAGUUGAUGAACACAAGGCCUAUAGUCAAUGUAGUAUUUCCAGUCAAAUAACUGCAAUUGGGGCAGCUUUUUAUUAAUUGAAUUUAAGACAGUUUUCAUAUAAUAACCCACUUUGUUAAAACAUUUGGUACCACUGUUUGGACAAGAGGACAAGGUCAUUGUCAGGGAUAAUCAAGUUGUUGGGAUAUGUCUUUCCAAUGCUCAAACAAUUUGAGAUGUAACUGGUUUUAGUCAGAAGUAUUGAAGUUUGGCCCCAAAGACCUGUUAAUGUUAUCCAUGAAAGAAUUUAUUUUGUGGCCCAAGAAGAAACACACCUGAUGUGAAUUCUAAUUGAGAGGCUGUACCUGUAAUCCAUAUGUGGCGUUUUCAUAAUGUGUAUUGGACGACCUUUUAUAUGGUGAUACUUUUAUUUGGCUUGGAAAGCUCUUCAUUUUGAAUUCAAGAAACAUCUUGGUCUAAGAGUACAUUUGAAAUGGCUCUUUUGUGUAGAAUAAAAGAUUUUCUUGAAAAGUAACAAGAACCCUGUGGAGGCCCAGUCUUUCCCCACAGAUCACAUCUCAUAUGAUUUGAAACAAAGUUUGACCAGCAUUUCAACUUCUAGAUAAAUGAUGUUCAAACUAAGUGUAAUAAAAGUGGUUCCAGUUUUUGCCGUCUGACAAGAAUUUGAAGUCUGUUGAGUUACUGAAAGAAUCCUUGAGGUCAACUGAGUGAUGUUUGCAGUGUAGGAGAUAUGGUUCUCCAAACCUAGACAUGACAGAGUACUGUUAAGUGCAAGUAUGAGAUGCAGGCCGUAAGGGUGGAUACUUGCAAUAGAGCCCAUUCAUAUUUUGUGAUUCUUCAAAUAAUUUGGAAAAAAAACAUUAUAUAUUCCAAGCGA